CGGGCCGACUGGCGCUGACCCGCUGGCCGUCGUGGUGACGGUCGUUUGUGCUGUGGAGCAGCCGCCUUGCUCCUUCCCUCCGGGACAGGCCUGCUGCCGAGGGCGGGGGCCUCAGCCGCAAUGGGCCAAGGACUUGGCAGAUAUGCCUGGCCCAAACCUGCAGGAGCAUAUCAGACUUUUACAGGUGGAAGAAGAUAUUCCUUUGUUGGGUUUAGACCGUUUUUGAAUAAUCAAGACAUAGAUGGACAUCAACAGAACGACGACUGCAAACAAUUAGAAUUGGAAGAUGUUCAGAAAGAGAAUUCUUUAUCUUUCUCUGAAAAUUCUAGUCCAUUCGUUCAAGUUUCUGAGCCUUUGUCAAAAGAUGCUGGCACUAGAGAACCUGUUUGCCAAAGUGCAUCAAGCCAAACAUCACCACUUUCUGUAUUCUCUUAUGACCUAGAAGGCAACCAAACCUCACGGGACCUGAUGAAUCCUUAUGAAAAAUCUGAGGAUGUUGCAGAAUACACGUCUGGAGGGCAUAAUGAUUUGAAUGGUAAAAAUGGAAUUGCUUUUGUAAACAUUGACUCUUAUGAGCCAGAUAGCAGUGAUGGAGAGGAAGAGGAUGAUCUAGACAAAUUUUCUUGGAUAAGAGAAGCAGCAGGUCUUAUUCAGGGAAGACUAGAUAACAUACUUUCUCAGUGUCAAAAAGACAUGGAGUCUAUUAAUGACUUAGAGUCCCGACUCUCUGCUUUCAACCACAGUGUUUAUAAAGAAAGUUGUGAAGAAGCAGGACCAACGCCUUUGGCAUGUCCAAACAAUAAGAGACCUAAAUCUGCUGAAGGUGAAGCUACACCAAAAAUUAGCCUGGGUGAUGACAGUUAUGAAGCACAGCAGAUAAAACACAUAGUGGAUGUAGGAAUUGGAACCCCUGUACCAGCUGCUGAUGUAUUAAAUGUCUGUGAUGGAGACUCUGACCAAGAAAAUUCAUCUGAACUAGUAGUGAGACCUAAAAUUAGAAAACAAAAUACUGCUAAACAACUGGAGAGAGAAAAACAUCUCCCUAGUGAUGAUGAAGAGGAAAAUGUUUCCUGGAGGAGAAUUGGAACUGCUGAUGUCCUGCAGUGCCAUCCUGAGUGUCCCUUGAGAGGUGGCAAAGAUGAGAUGAGUUCUGGUAUGUUCUUUCUUUCAAAAAUGUGCAGUCAUCAAAAGAACAUAGAAAUAGACUUAAGAAGAAAUGCACUAACUCGAGAGCAAAACAAUGUUCUAAGUGACAGUGCUUUUUGGAAUGAGUUUGAAGACCACAACACACAUUACGUUAUGUCCCAUAAAGAUGAAGACAGCUCAGAGUGGAGUGAUGGAGAAUGGUCUACAUCUGUGCCCUCCUAUUUUACUGCUAUGGAAAAAGAGCAGUCUUCAAGUGAUGAAAGCUGGGAGACUGUCUCGUGCAGGGAGGAGCGUGACUCUGGUGUGCAGAGGAGCAGCAGUGGUGUGACAGAGGAGAGCACAGACUUCUGUUUCCAAGAAGAGGAGCAGGCAUUAUUGGAGGAAGGUGAAAUUCCUUGGUUACAGUACCAAGAAGAAGUAGAAAGUAGCAGUGAUGAGGAAAAUGAUCCAAUUCGUGAUUUUGUACAUCUUGGAUUCUUCUUGUUGGAUGGAAAUAACAAUCUUGAGGAUGACUCCAGUGUGAGUGAAGAUCUGGAUGUGGAGUGGAGACUACUUGAUGAGUUUGGUGAUGGCCUAGGACUUGGUCAAGCCAUUCCUUACAUGGAACCUCAAUUUCUCACAUAUAUGGCACUAGAGGGACACUUAGAAGCUGUGGAGACUGCUCUGGCACAGUUGGAGUCUCUUACAUUUGAUGCUGAACAGACUCAUCCACCUGCUACAAAACAGACCAUAGAUAGCCUGCCACAGAUUGUUGUCACAGGUGACUACAAUGGUCAAGAGCAGUGUUGUACUAUCUGUUGCAGUGAAUAUGUGGAAGAUGAAAUCAUUACAGAGCUACCCUGUCAUCAUUUGUUUCACAAACCUUGUAUAACUCUUUGGUUACAGAGAGACCCUUCUGGACAAGACACCCAGAACAUAAAACACCCAGCCCACAGCUGGAUAAACAGAUCAAGUGAUGGGUACUUGUCUAAGUGCACGUGGAUGUGGGAAGGAAGGAGGUUCCUGUUUGCAAGGAAAAUGUUUUGCAGUAAUUGGUGGGUACAGAUGUGUCCUGUAGGGAUUUACAUGGAUAGUGACAAAUCAACAGCCUUGGAAGGUCCUUGACAAAUCAAUGCCAUGGCUUGACUGGGAUCUAAGAGAAACAUGUAAUGUUCUUUCCAGUCUUGAAACCUGAGUCUGAAGGCUACAGAAGCCUUGAAAUAACUUUCCAUCAUCAGCCAGGCCAAUUCCAGUUACAGCAAGGGACAGUCAGAGGAACCUGGAGAUAGAAGACCACUCAGCUAUGAGAUACACUGUUUGAAUGUUCUGCCUGAUACAAAGCAGAACAUUUGGUGGGGUAAAUGAGCCUUCCACAACCCUCCUGACCUCAGCAGCUUCAUCAGCACCAGCAGCACUGAGAGACACUGACUGAGGCAGCCUGUCUGGGAUCCCUCCUAAGGGCACUGCUUUUCCCAGAGCCAGCCUGGUGACAGCAUGACUGGAGGGCCCACGCAAAACCUCCUUAAUUCCUGGAUGCUACCACAUGUGAAGGUGAUACCAAACUCCCUAAAUUCAGAAGCAAUCUAACCUUAACAGCAUCUUCUGUUGAAGAGUUGUGUCUUUAGCUUAUAGCUUCAGGGGAUGAAUGCUAUUUUCAGAGGGGGAACUAUUCCAUAUUUGAACUACUCCAUGUGGAUUUAAUAGUGUCAUUGUAGUGAUAGCAGAAUCACGCCUUUUCUCCCCUCUGACUCUUUUGUAAAGCACCUCUGAAGCAAAGCUUACAAAGAAAUAAAAAUAAAGUGCUUAGCUUUGAUCUUCAUGAUCAAGAAAUUAUAAAUGGGCAAGACACCUAGAAUACUUACAGUAAAACUUCUUCCUGGUUAUGUUUGCUUUUCUGCAAGCGCUUUGCUGUUCUUUGAGGCCGCAUUUUACUGCAACUGAUGUUGGAUUUCUGUGCAAUCCCUACCCGCAGUUUUACGCAUGAGUGAGGGGUGUGCGAUGAAGGGCGAUGGGCGAAGCCAAGGCACCAUCUGGAGAGCAGCUGCCACCUCCCUGCUCUGAGCCAGGGUGGCCCUGAUGGUCAGAGCUGGCUGCCCACUGCACCCACCUGCCCCAAGGGCUGGCCUCUCCCCCACAGGGAGGCUGGAUAGGGGAAGGCUGAGACCCUUUCCCCAGGACAGCCCUGCCUCAAUUCAGUGUGUGCUGCUUGCCCAGCGGCAUCACCCUUUGGCUGGACAGUGACGCUAACAGCUCAUGCCUGGCUUAAUUAAGAGAAAAACGUACAAAUUUACAUGGAAGAUAACGUUUCUUUAUUUUUCUCAACCUAUAUUGUUGCACUCUCUUUUUCCCAUCUGUGCUCAGUAUCACUGAAGCAUAGUCCUGUCAUCUGAGCUUGACUUAAAAUGUUAACAUUUGAACAGGAGGGAAUUAGAGAAGCUCUGUCUCCUGCUCACCUCUAAUAAUAAUUUGCUCUAAAAGUAUGUAUGGAUACAUAGUAAGACGACACCUGUGCCUUGUAGGAAUGGAUUUCUCUCAAACAGAAAUAAUCAGGUGUUGCAUGGCUCAAGCACUGUAGAAGAGAUCAAAAGAGGAGUCUCAGGAUAAACAUACAUAUAAACUAAACAAAUUGAGAGACUGAAGUGAAAUCUCAUUUUUUGAGAAACAGUGCCUGUGUUUUGGAAAAGAAAAAUAGACAGAAAUCAUUGUGCUUUGAGGUCUGACCAAACUUUUCUGCUGAACUUCCAUGUAUUUUCUGACACUGUGACAAGCAAGGAGUCAGCUGAGAUGGGGAGGAUUAAUGGAAGCAGGUGGGACAUCCACUGUAAUGUUGCAUGGAUGAUUCCAGACUUGUCCUGUUGCAGGCUUUGAGCAGGGGUGAUCUUCGGGGGCCUGUGCUCUGUAACCCCACCCCACCUACCCUCAGGAAAUUUAAUUGCCUUCCUUUUCUGUUGGAGCAGUGACAGAGCUCCCACCCAGCAAUGAAAUGCCUUUGAUACAUCGCCAACUGUGUUAUCAAUAGCGAGGAAAUUCAAUGUGCUCACAGUGCCAAGGGGCAAAGUAACAGUUAUGGGAAGGGAAGGAAUGGUACCAGCAGUAGCAUCCUGGCCUCCUCUCCCCCUGGCUGUGCUUGCCCACAGGGUGACCACAGAAGAAAAAUGCCUGAUUGAAUAAUGGUUGCGCAGAAACCAGCUGUGAAUUCCUUGGGCAGCACAGUUAGGAUGCAGUUUGUCAAGUGUGUCUUUUGUGAUUGUAGCUCAACAAGAGCUCUGCUGAUGUGUUUUUCAUCUAGCAAAAACUACAUUGCCUUUAUUCGCCCUCUGUUCAAAGACCAGCUGUGAGGAUUGCACUGAAUUGUUGAAUAAUCUCUGCUAAUGCAUAAGUAAUACUUGCUGACUUAUGUGAGAGUCCUAUUUCUUACUGAAAAAACAUUUCAUUUUUAUUAGGUAAAGUAAAAAAACCCUAUUAGUAAAGACUACAACUCAAUACCAGUUUAACUUUCAUUUUGCUGCUCUAUUUCCUCUCAUAAUUGUGUAAAUUGGUGGCUACCUUCUUUAAAAACAAAAGUAAAAACCAAACACUCAACAAAAACAACAAAGAACUAAUCCUACCAGAAACCUCUCACAAAAAAUUAACUAGUACUUUCAGCACAGAACUCCUGCUGAUUGAGGAGGAAAAGAUUUGGUGGUGGAUACAGGCAGACCACUGGAGAAAAGCCCUAAAUAUUAACACCAGCAUCAAGAUGCCAUCUUGAAGAGGUGAUAUGCAGGUCCUUAUUGCAAUACUCAUAUUUUUUCACGUUGCUGGAACAUUUUCCUCUAGCUUUUACAGUGAACAUUUCCUGCAGAGCCACCUAAAUCCUCAGACACUGGUGCAUGUACCCACUAUCAAAUGAGUAGAGUACAACUGACCUUCUGCAUGCACAGGCAGGGUAAUGAGGAAAUUUGACAGGGUACUUAAUUAUGAGCUUCUUAAUACAAUUGGUGCAGAAUGGGUCUUCUGCCUUGGAAAGCAAGGUGCCACAGGUGGGCUUUCCACCCCUCUGCCCUGCCCUCCCUACAACACAGACCAGCUGCACACGUGAAAACUGAGUUUCAGAAACAGCUCUUACCCGUGGCUCACAGUCCUGUGCAUCACUCAGUUUGCCCAUGCACUAUAGGCUAUUUACCCAAUCAGCCUUUUUCCUUUAUAGCUGUAUUUGUGCCCAAGCUGCCUGGUUAUAACCUGCUUCAUCUACUUACAAAAAUAAAAUUU